CAACAAAGAUGGCCGCCUCCGAAGCGAGAGAAAUAAAAGAGGAUACCUACGCAUUGGUUGAGGCUGCAGAGAAAGGUGAUCCCAAUAAAGUGAAAAAUGUAUUACAAGAUGGCAGUGUGGAUCCUGAUUUCAAACGAAAUCCUAUGUUCCGUACUGCAAUAGAAAGAGCAUGUGGAUAUGGUCAAGUAGAUGUUGUCCUGGAGCUCAUUCAGAAUGGAGCAGAUCCUGAGCAGACUAAUGCUGCUGGAAGGACUUUACUGCAUGAAGCUUGUACCGGUGGACAUACCGACAUCGUGCAGAUACUGAUACGUUAUAUCCCAGGAUAUCAAUUCAGUUGAUAGAACAGGCAGGAGUGCUGCACAUUUAGCAGCUUUCAAUGGAGAGACUGCAUGCUUAGCCGUUCUAGCUGAUAAAGGUGCUGAUUUAAACCUUGGUGACAAUCAUGGUAAAACACCGUCACAUUUAGCAGCAGAACGCAACCAUCCUGGUAUAUUAGAGUAUAUGACAGAGAGAGGUAUAGACACAGAACUUGGUGAUGACAAAGGCAAAAGACCAUCACACUAUGCUGCAAUCCAUGGAGGACUUGAAUGUUUAGUAUUCUUGGUACAGAUUGACUGUGAUAUGACAAAGGUUGAUAAUGUUGGAUGUUACCCAGCUCAUUAUGCCGCCGCACAUG